AUGACCACACGUAGGUCUCACGAUGAUUAUACCGUGGGAUGGAUAUGUGCGCUUCCAAAAGAGCAAACGGCGGCGAUUUUGGUGCUUGAUGAAGAACACGAAGACCUCACGAAUCCUCCAUGGGAUAAGAAUGCCUAUAUAUUAGGGUCAAUGGGUCAGCAUAACGUCGCCAUAACUUGUUUACCGAUACGAUGUUACGGUACGAACCAAAUGGCAGCAACCGCAUCAAUUAUGGCGAUCACUUUUCCAUCGAUUAAAAUCACGCUUAUGGUGGGGAUUGGGGGCGGGAUUCCAUCCAAAGUUAAACUGGGUGAUGUUGUCAUUAGCACUGAGUGGAUUCAAUGGGACAUGGGAAAAACGAGUGGGGAUUUUGAGCUUAAUAGCAGGCAUUUUUACCCACCGAAGGGAUUAUCGGCCGCGAUGUCAAAGCUGCAGGCCCAACAGAAUAUCCGCGGGACGAAAAUAGAACAACAUCUUGACGAUAUAAAAAGAAAUAAUCGACAUUUACCAGACGAGUAUACUUCAGUGAAAGGGCUGGAGGGUUCAGUGGACCCUGGGAGAGCUCGAGUUCAUUAUGGACUUAUUGCAUCCGGUAAUCAAGUUAUUAAGAACGCUCAAAAAAGAGAUGAGAUCAGCAAGUGUCUGGGAAAUAAGGUGUUUUGUAUUGAAAUGGAAGCUGCUGGGCUAGUGGAUUGUCCUGCAGCCAUCAUACGAGGUAUUUGCGAUUACGCAGAUGAGACGAAGAAUGAUGAUUGGCAAGAGUAUGCCGCAGUUUUGGCCGCUAUCUGCGCGAAGGAACUUCUGAAGUGCGUACAGCCAAGCCACAUAAACAGCGCACAGCCUAUGCGGGCGAACCUACCGCAAGGAUUUGGGGUGGCCAAUCUAGCGCAGGCGCAUCCGCCUUCGAGAGUAGGAAUAGCGGCAAGAUUAGAGCGCGAUAUCGAUUUACAAAGCGGGGGUACUUCUAAUCCAUUUGGCGUCGGCGAGACCGGACGAUAUCACGAAGUGGACUUCCGCUCCUCGGAGGGCGAUUACAAUAGAAAAUGGCCCGAAACUGAAGUGGGAUACAGCCACCAAGAAAACAACAUUUUUAACCAAAGGCAACCGAAGCCUAGCAUUUCACAUUCCCCCAAACCUCGAAAGCAAAGCAAAGCCAAAGGAAAAUAUAAUUCAAGUCUGGGGUCGGAGGACUUUGGAGAUAACGAUGAUGCCCAAGAAAACGAAUCCUCUAGCACACAGUCCCUGCGAGCUCGUGUUCUACGUUCGCCUGAUCAACAGAACGAGUAUGAGGUUGAUGAAUUACCUUUUUCUCAGGCCGGUAUCAGCUCUGAAGACGAGGAUAUUAGUACUCCAACAUCCAUCCCAAAACAGCAAGUCGCAAAAAAAACGAAUAAGGCCCGGCAGGACAUUUCAAAAGAAUCCCUUAGUGUUUCAAGUGUUGAUGUUCCCGCUCUCGAGGAGCGCAUGAAAUCUAGUGAUUUUUUCGCAGAUCACCAAGACUCUCAGAAAGCCCUUAACCCUCGGGAUAUCGGCUGUUCUGAGCAAAGGACUAUUAGUGCUCUUCCCGCUACUCCCUCCCUAAGAGCCGUUACCCCCGAACGCCGAGAUGUGGAAAGAAUGGCGAGCACUCAGCAGAGCGGCAUGUUGGGCAGAUAUACUGGGUGGACUCGAGGACCGAAGCCCUAUGAAUGGAACCCCCUUCCGUUCAAAAAAUCUGGCGAAUAA